GUGGCGGAUCUGUAGUAAUGCCACUGGGGUCACCGGACCCCAGCGCCUUUCCUCCCAGCAGGAGUAAGCUACAGCAGUCAAUCACUUGUGACCCCAGUAAACGUGAUUUUGUGCCCCUAGCCCAGCUGUGUACGCGAGACAACGAGAAGGCCGGACGGCCAGGAGCACAGGUCCCAGGACAACCCAAAGCUAGAAACGCAUGUAUUUGCACUGGUUGUUUGUUAGCCCAAAUCCACUAAUCCAGCCCAAAUGCAUGGACCAUGGGUCCACCGUCCACUCCCAUAAGUCACAAAUAUUAUCCUUCGGCCUUGCCUUGCCGACCUCAAUUGCCCUUUGGCCUUCUCGUUUUCUUGACAGCACGAGCUUGCAAAGCACGCGCCGCCGCCGCCGGAAGCAAACUGCAAAUAGCGAUUGCAAGGGACUGCGAUGAUUUCUUCUCCAAUUUGAAGAUUCGUUCCGAUCAUAUCGAGCCAUCAAAGUCUGCAUUAGUCCUGGUGAUUAGUCCUGGUGACCUGUGAGCAUAAUGGAACGAUUUUUGAAAAGAAAAACACCAUCAACAGCAUGCAAUGAUGAAGGGAAUUCAUGUAGAGAUGGAGAUGGUGCAUCAAACGUCAAUGCUACUGCUCGUGCUCGAACUUCUCAGUCCCGGAUUCUGUUACCAAAAGAGGUAAAUCUAGAUGAACUUCCUUAUGAUCCAGCUGAUAGGAAGAGAAUAAUACAAUACCCAGGCAUGAAGCUACAAGAUGAGAUAAGACGAAGGUAUUUAAUUAGAGGUCCAUACAGACCACAACUUGGUUUUAAGUACCCACAAAAGCAGAUAGCAGGCAAGUUACGGCGGUUCAAUGCUGAAUGGUUCAAACAAUAUGAUUGGUUGGAAUAUAGUGACAAGGUGGAUAAAGCUUUUUGUUUAUUCUGCUACUUGUUUAGAGAUUGUAUUGAGGGACAGGGAGGAAACGAUGCAUUUGUAACAGAAGGCUUUUCUGGGUGGAACAAGAAGGAUAGACUAGAUUAUCAUGCAGGUGGGUGUACUAGUUUUCAUAAUACGGCAGUGAAAAGAUGCAAUAAUUUGUUGAGACCAGAACAAUCAAUUGUUGCCGCUCUCUGCAAGCAAACUGAUAUUGCCAAAGAGGAGCAUCUUACUCGAUUGAGUACUUCAAUAAAUGCUGCCAGAUAUUUGCUACAUCAAGGAUUAGCUUUCCGUGGCCAUGAUGAGACAGAAGAGUCUAAUAACAGAGGGAAUUUUCUUGAGUUGGUAAAGCUUUUGGCAGCGCAAAAUGAAAAAAUAAAGAAAGUAGUGCUAAGAAAUGCUCCUGGAAAUCGACAAAUGGUGGCUCCAUCCAUUCAAAAGGACAUUGCUCAGUGUUUUGCACAGGUCAUAGUGAAUUCUAUCAUUGAAGAAAUUGGUGGUGAUGUCUUCUGUUUGUUAGUUGAUGAAUCUGCUGAUAUUUCCGAUAAAGAACAAAUGGCUGUGGUUUUGAGGUACGUCGACAAGUGCGGAAUACUAAAAGAAAGACUUAUUGGCAUUGUUCAUGUGAAAGAAACUUCUGCUUCAUGUCUCAAAUUUGGAAUUGAUUAUUUAUUUACUAAAUAUGGCUUGAGCUUGAAACAAAUAAGAGGCCAAGGGUAUGAUGGAGCAAGCAACAUGAGAGGUGAGUUCAAUGGUUUGAGAGCUUUAAUCAUGAGAGAAAAUAACUCAGCAUAUUAUAUUCAUUGCUUUGCUCAUCAACUUCAACUAGUCAUAGUUGCAGUAGCUAAAAAGAAUGAUGAUAUUAGUGACUUCUUUGACAUGAUAUCACUUCUUCUUAAUGUUGUUGGAGCAUCUUGCAAACGGAAAGAUAUGAUACGAGAAAGUCAACAAGAGAGGGUAAAGAAAGGCAUUGGUAGUGGACAAAUUUGUAGUGGAACAGGUUUAAAUCAAGAGCAAUCUCUUCAAAGAGCUGGAGACACUCGGUGGUGUUCUCACUAUAAAACUCUCAAGAGUAUUAAUAGUUUGUUUCCUAUUGUUAUUGAAGUGCUCCAAUAUGUUGAAACAGAUGGUCCAAAUGAUGGAAAGAGACGGCAAGCCCGUGGUCUCCUAGAUUACCUCAAGGAUUUCGAUUUUGCUUUUCAUUUGCACUUGAUGUUGCUAAUAUUGGGCCAUGCAAAUGCUCUCUCACUUUGUUUACAAAGGAAAGAUCAAGAUAUACUAGAGGCUAUGUCAGAGGUAAAGUCAACUAAGCAGAAACUUCAACAAAUUAGAGAUGAUGGUUGGGAGUCUUUAUUGGAGGGUGUAUACUCUUUUUGCGAAGAUCAUGAUAUCCCAAAGUUGGAUAUGGGAGAACAAUAUAUUGACUGUCAUAAGCCAAGGCAAAAAACAAAUCGGACUAAUUAUCAACAUUAUAGAUGGGAUUGCUUGAACCGUGUUAUUGAUUUGCAACUUAAUGAAUUCAAUGAUCGUUUCACUGAAGCAACUUCUAAUUUGCUUACACAUAUGGCAGCUUUCAGUCCCAAGGAUUGUUUUGGUGCUUUCAAAUUCGAGAGCUUGAUGGAAUUGGCUAAAUGUUAUCCAGAUGAUUUUAGUGAAGUUCAAUUGAAGGAUCUUGCUCACGAGCUUCAUAUUUAUAUUGACAAUGUACAAGCAGAUGAAAGAUUUGCAAAAUUGAAUACUAUUACUGAACUGGCUAAGUUGAUGGUUGAUACAAAUAAACAUCUUGCCUUUCCAUUGGUUUAUCAACUUCUGAAGCUUGUACUUAUUUUGCCGGUUGCCACUGCAUCAGUAGAAAGGUGUUUCUCAGCCAUGAAAAUUGUGAAGACUAUACUACGGAAUCGUAUUGGUGACCAAUUUAUGAAUGAUGCUAUUAUUUGCUUUGUGGAGCCGGCCCUUCUUGCAAGUAUUCCAAAUAACAUCGUGAUCGAUCUCUUCCAGAAGCUCAAAGAUCGUAAAGAACGAUUAUGAGUGACCCCAUCGACCUAUUUUUCUGGAUCCGCC